AUGGGAAAGGAAAACGCAUCAAAGAGGAUCGCUGAACAAAUUGAAAAAAUUAAAACCGACACAACAGCAGAAACAGACAAAUUAAGAAGUCUUCAAAAGGAAGCCAUUAAAACUCUUAAAUACGAAAUUGCAGCUGAUAUUGCAAAGAAAAUCGAAGAAAUCAACAAACAUGCUUCAGAAAAUAAGUUUGCAAUCAUAAGAAACGAGUUUAUUGAUGAACUUGUAACAAGUUUGGAAAAUAAAAAUCAAGAAUCAGAAGAUAUUGAAGCACAAAAGCGUUAUGACGAAUUAAAUAUCAAAAUAAAAUACGACAGACUAUUUCAAGAUCUCAAAAAACAACAAAUUGUCAGUUUAUAUCAAUUUGAACAGCAAUUCCUUAAAGAUAGAGAUACAGAAUUUAAUAGACGCGAUCCAGAACAAAUUGAGUUACGUGAAUCUUCAAUCCGCGCAGCAGAAAAUGGAGAUUUUGAAACUGCUAUGAAGUUAAGAGAUGAAGCUGUUGCUCUUGGUAUUUCUAAAAUGGAGAAAAAGACAGAGCAACUAAAUCAGCAAUUUGAAACAAAAAGGAAAGAGCUUUUAACUAAAUUUGGAAAUGAAAUUUUAGGUUUGACCAGACAAUUAAAUAAUGAACAGGCAGAAUACACUAAGAGAUACACUGACAAACUCAGUGAUAUGAAAUCUACAAGAGAAAAUAGCUUAAGUGCUCUAACUCAACAAUAUAUGAAAUUUGCCAGUAAAUUUUUACAAGAUGAAGCUGCAGUCAGAGGAGCAAACAAAUUACAGGAGUUAUAUAUCAAUUUCUGCAGAGAAAAUAACUUGAAGCCUGCUCAAUUCCAUGUUGAGCAAAAUCUCACAACAAAAAAGAAACUUGGAAAGACAACAAAGUAA